AUGUACUGUGAUGGUUCAGUGAAUGGUAUCAAGGUUGGAUGCCGGGUGGUUAUAAGGGAAUGUUAUGAAAAUGAUGUGAGUACUGACGAGACGCUGUAUAAAAGAAUAGGAGAUAAAACUUCUACUACUGCUGCUGAAUUACAUGUCAUUUAUGAAGAGUCAACCUUUGUAGUAAACAAGAUGAAAGACGUGUUUGUUUUCGUUGAUUGCCAGAGUGCUCUUCUUGCCCUUAACUCUAGAUAUCCAGUUGGACAGGGAAUUAGUAAGGGUAAAGAACUUGUAUAUGCAACAGAAGAUCAAAGGUAUUUUGUCAAGUUUUUCUGGGUACCAUCUCACGUUGGUAUUCAUUUGAAUGAGAUGGCUGAUAGUUUGGCAAAGGAUACUACAAACAAACAAAAUAUUGAUACAGGAAGCACAAUGACUCUGAGCAGAAUAAAAGAAGGGCUAAGAAUCAAGAGGUCUUUGUAG